GUCCAUCUCUACUUACUAUCACACAGUGGAAUUCGUAAUUUCGAAAGUGCUCCGGAAAAACCGGACCUCCACCUUGAUUUUGGACCAAUUGGCGCUCGCUAAAAGUCUUGCAAAAUGUCGAUCAAUCUGCGCACCGUUUACGCCUUUGCCCGGGAAAUGUACCCCAAGGUUUCUACGGAACACGUUCAAUAUGGAACAGCUGGUUUUCGCGGCAAAGCCGAAUUCCUGGACAGCGUCAUGUUCCGCAUGGGAGUCCUUGCCACUUUGCGCUCUCGGUUUCGCGGAGGAGCUGUUAUCGGUGUAAUGAUAACAGCAUCGCACAAUCCGGAGCCAGAUAACGGAGUAAAGCUAGUCGACCCAAAGGGUGAAAUGUUGGAGGCCAGCUGGGAGUCAAUAGCCACCGACCUAGUCAAUGUCAGUGAUCAGGAACUGGAGCAACAGGUGGCCAAGAUUAUCAAAGAGAACAACAUCGACGUAACGACGAGUUCCCAGGUGUUUGUGGGCAUGGACAACCGAUACCACAGUCCUCGAUUGCUAAAAGCAGUUGCCGAUGGAGUGAUAGCCCUGAAAGGAAACGUCAAGGAGUAUGGAAUCGUGACCACGCCCAUGCUGCACUAUUUCGUGGUGGCGGCAAACACAAAGGAGGCCUACGGAAAGCCCACGGAGGAGGGCUACUACGAAAAGCUAAUCACUGCCUUUGAAUUGUUGCGAAACGGGCGACUGGAGAAUGGAAACUAUAAGAAUAACAUUAUCUUCGACGGCGCCAAUGGAGUGGGUGCCCGUAAAAUGUUGCAAUUCCUGAAGCGCAUGAAAAAUUCAUUGAAUCUGACAGUCAUAAACCAGGGCAUCGGGCCCGGAAAGAUCAACGACGAGUGCGGUGCGGACUACGUCAAGGUUCAGCAGCGGCCGCCGAAAUCCAUGCCAGAGGUUGAACCCUUCACGCGCUGCGUUAGCGUGGACGGCGAUGCCGACCGGGUAGUGUACUUCUUCAGCAACGACAAGGGGGAGUUCCAGCUUUUGGAUGGCGAUCGCAUCGCCACUUUGGUAGCUGGUUUCCUAAUGGAACUGGUCACACAAGCCGAAAUCGAUUUGAGGCUGGGACUCGUGCAAACAGCCUACGCAAACGGAGCAUCCACGGACUACAUAGUGGACGAGCUGAAGUUCCCCGUUUCUUGUGUUCCCACAGGGGUAAAGCACCUUCAUCACAAGGCUUUGGAGUACGAUAUUGGGGUUUACUUCGAGGCCAAUGGCCAUGGAACGAUUGUGUUCAGCGAAAACGCGAAAGCCACAAUUGCCAAGGCAUCCGAGUCGAAACCCAGUGCGAAGACGUUGCUGCUCCUCAUUGAUUUAAUCAACGAGACCGUAGGAGAUGCCAUCUCCGACAUGCUUCUAGUUGAGACGAUACUGAACCAUAAAGGAUGGGACGUUAAAGACUGGAUUGCCAGCUACAAUGACCUGCCUAACCGACAGCUGAAGGUUAAGGUACAGGAUCGGAACGUAAUCGAGACGACGGACGCGGAGCGUGUGUGUGUUAAGCCUGAGGGUCUGCAGGCGGAAAUUAAUAAGGUGGUGGCCAACUAUAAGCGGGGACGUGCCUUUGUCCGGCCCUCAGGCACCGAGGAUGUAGUGCGAGUCUACGCAGAGGCUGUUACCAAGGAGGAUACGGAUAACCUUGCCUAUGAAGUAGGAAUUCUAGUCCAGAAACUGGCCGGCGGAGUCGGACCGGAGUUGGCGAAACCAAGCAGUGCCCAUCUUUAAUGGAAAACGCCCCAACCUCAAGGGAACGAUCUGACACAGGUCUUGAGCAAUAAAUCUCUGUACUUUAAGGUGCUCAAUAACUUACGUGAAUUGUACUUGCCUAAUGCAUUUAUACUGUAAUUGUUUACUGUCUUCUGUGUUCUAAAGAUGUGUUCUAAAAUGUGUUUUACCAAUAAAUUUAAUGCCUUUUUUUAAACAA